UUUAAAAUUAUUUUUUUGGAAACUUUCCCAAAAUCAAAAUCCAAAAGCUGUUGAUACACGAAGAUAGCCCUUCUCUCCAGCUCGUUUUCUCAUUUUCAUCUCUGAAAAAAUAAUAAGGAACACAUUUUGCCUACAUAUACGAACAUAGAUACGUACAUCUGUUCUCCAUUCAGCUCUAUCGUUUAAUCGAUAAACGGGAAAUUUGCAAAAGAUCCAAAUCCAUAUAAACUCUCUCUUCAUCCAGGACAGAGUUUGAGCCAGAGCUAUUGGGUUCAGCUGAACCCUUAGCUUUAAUUGUUCAUCAGAAUGAGCUCGGGGAUUGAUGAUGGAAGCUCCACCAAUUGCGCAUCAGAAGCUCGAAAGCAUUCAAGAAUAUCAUAUUCGAGAGAGUUUUUGUUGUCGAUAAGUCGACUGGAGAUUUGCGAGAAGUUGCCAAGUGAAUUUGAUCAGUCGAUCCUGAGUGAAUUUGUGGACAUUUCACAUAGCAUACAAGACCGCCAAAGAGUACCUGGCAGCUUGCCUUUGCAAGGGUUUAGACGUACUGACUAUAGUUCAUCCCCACCUACUCGUGGGGAUUCCAGUAGUUAUUCACGAGGCAAUUUUGGAAGAUGGGAAAGCCGUUCCUCUGGACGGAGUGAUCGAGAUAACGAGUCACAAUCUGAUCGGGAUUCAGAUUCUGGUUGGAGAUCUGGCAAUCAAGCCCAGCACACUCGGCAGAGUUCUGAGCAUGAUGGGCUUCUUGGAAGUGGUUCAUUUCCAAGGCCGUCAGCAUAUGCAUCUGGAAUAUCUGCACCUAAGGUCCGAGCAAGCAAUAACUAUCAAUCUAACAAGAGCAACGAGCCAUAUCAUCCUCCUCGCCCUUAUAAGGCGGGACCUCACUCUCGAAGAGACACUGAUGCGUUCAAUGACGAGACUUUUGGUUCAGUUGAGUGUACGAGUGAGGAUAGAGUGGAAGAGGAAAGAAGGAGAAGAGCUUCCUUUGAGUUAAUUAGGAAAGAACAGCAGAAAGCUCUUCAAGAAAAGCAGAAGUCAAAACUGGAGAAGCAUAAAACCGAGGACAUCUCGGUACUGCUGGAAGAGACUAAGGAGGAUAGAACGUUUUUGGACAAAAAUAGUGAAGCAGAUGGGAUGACCACACAACCUUUCGCAACCAGUGAUCUGGGAAAAUCUUCUUUUCCUUCACAGAAUCCACCAGCUAGACCGCGUGUACCCCCUGGCUUUAAAACCACUGUUUUGGAUAAGAACUCUGGCUCAAGUUUGAGCCAUUCACGCGUGGCAGAGGUUGGACAACCUGACACUGAAGAAAGCCCAUUGGAAGCCAAAGCCUAUGCUGCCCCGAACGGUGUUCUUCAGAGUGUAGAGAGACAGAGCUUGCAAGAAAUUAGUUCAAGUUAUAAACUUGAAACUAGGAGUUUGCAUGCAUCAACUCUGAAGAAGAAUGACCAAAUUGCUAAUCUUUCAGCAAGAUCAGAUAUUUCUGAUGGGAUACUUGGCAUGGAAGAUCGUUUAAAUCGGAUUACCAGUCAUUUAGAGUUCCACGAAGCCUUGGAAGAGCCUGAAAUUAUUGAAAACAGUACUCAGCCUUCUGGUAGCAAAUUUGAUGAGUCUAGCCCCAACCCUUCAACAUCAAUCUUGGAUAAGAUAUUUGGAGGUGUUGUAGCAAUUAAUGUUGGCGACUCUGAGGCUCCAAUUGUGAAUGACAAUAUUAAACCGAAUGACAUGUUGGGCUCCAAGGCUAUAGAAUCUUCGAAGUUCUCUCAGUGGUUUAUGGAAGAAGAUAGGAAGCCACCAGAAGAUUCCUCGUUAAGUAGGCCAAACGAUUUGCUUGCCUUAAUUGUUGGCGGCGAUAAAACCAGAUCACAAGCUUUUGAUGGAAAUGUUUCAGAAUGCUUUCCAUCUGAAAAUUUCAUUCAGAGUACUGAGCCUACAAGUAAGGUCACAUUGCAUAUGCCUUCUGCACCACCUGGGAUAUCUGAGCCUAUGUAUGAGUCUAGUAAAAGGGAGGCAGCCCCGUCGAUCUUUACUUGUGAGGACCUUGAGCAUAAAAUGCUGUCAGAGUUUGGUGAAAAGAGUUCUAAUCUGCAUUUUACUUCACAAGGUUGCGGUACUAAUCGCUUAGACACUGAAGAACAACCCGUAAUUGUGGACAGCCAUGCAUCUCAACACCUCCUUUCAUUAUUACAGAAGGGGCCAGAUCAUACAAAUAUGACAGAGAAGGGCAGUACUGGCACUGAAGCCAGGAAUGGACAUGUUAAGUUUACCGUGCAUGACCGAUCUAAGGAGGAAGAUACCAGGGAUCCUCAAGCUUCAGGAAAAGCAGUUACACUUGAAACGCUUUUUGGAACUGCUUUUAUGAAGGAGCUGCAAUCUGUACAAGCUCCAGUUUCAGUUCAGAGGAGCUCAGUUGGUUCUGCACUAAUUGAUGGUUUGGAGACACGCAAGUCAUCCUUGUCUGGUUUUGAUGACGGCCUUUUUUCUUCCAUAAGUGAUGGUAUUGGACCAAAAGGAGGCGGUAAGGAGAACAGGCUCUUGCAGUUGAAUCACAGAGGUCAAACCAAGCUGGAUGAGCCUCAAACCUGGUUGGGAUAUGAAAAUUCUCAGUAUGAAGUUAAAUCAAGGCACCCGAGUGAAAUGUUUUCCAAGAGUGAGGCUGUUGAAUAUCACCUGCCUGCAGAAGACUUAAUUAGUGCUCGUGAUCAUUUGAGUCCCCAGGUCUCAAUGGUUAUGCCUGCAGGAAUUUUGAGUAAAGGAGACUUGACAACUGGUAGUGGCGCUGGCGGUGAUGGAAGGUCUUUGAUGAGUGAAGGUCUGCCCUUCCCACGUGUUUCCUAUGAUCAGAUGGAGUCUGAAAUGCCAUUGCACCAUAUUCGUGCUCAACCAUCUACUUCGCAAUUUCAUCCCUUGCAGAUGAGUCAAGGGAAGCCAUUGUUUCAUCCUAUGGAUUCUGGUCCUGCUCAUUUAAAUCCUCAGAUUUUCAAUGGUCCAGAAAGCAUGGCUCUACAUGAUGCUCCUGGUCGUCAGUUUGCUGGAAAUAUGAUGCGACCUCCAUUUCACCACCCUAAUGGUGGACUGACAGGGUUUGAUCUCCCCGUUCACCAUCCUAUGCUGCAGCAGAUGCGGAUGGCUGGAAAUAGCCCUCCUCGUCUGCUACACGACCGUCUAAGGGGUGCACAGGUUCCUUCACAUCUCAGUAAUCAAGCAGCUAGCAUCAUGCAGGAAGUUAACAGAAUUCAAGCAUUCCCUUUUGCGCCACACCAAGUCAACAUUAGUGGCCAAGCUGUGCAAAUGCCAGCUCCAGAUAUCAACACCAGAAACAUUCAUCCAGAGGCCUUGCAAAGGCUUGUUGAGAGGCAACUUGGGGCUUCUAAGCAGAUACACCCUUUUGCUGCUGGCAAUGUCCAGGGGAUGCACGGCCACGAGCUUGACAUGGGAUUGCGAUAUAGAUAGUUGAUCAUGGAAACUCAUCUUCAUUGCAGCGUUCUGCAGGGUACAAUGUGGUGUUUUUUUUUUGUUUGGUGAUAACCGAGAAUCCACUGUUUACAGCUUCGAAACUCGUUGGAUAGGUCGGUUCCCCUACCCCUUCUCCACUUAAAUUCGAUAAUUUUUUUCCCAACAAGAAUCGGACCUGUGAGGUGCGCCUGCCACAUCCCGUGUUGUACUACCUAUACCGUUGCACCAACACCCUUGGGCGCAACUGGGUACCAUGUUCGCCUUUCACUUUUUUAUUUUUAUUUGAGGGCUUGGUAUAAACUCCUGGGAAGUGUAAUUUUAGAUUUUAUUUUCGUGUACCAACUCCGAGGGUCUCCUGGAAACAGCCUCUUUGCCCCUCGGGGUAGGGGUAAGGUCUGCGUACAUAUUACCCUCACCAGACCCCACUUGUGGGAUUACAUUGGGAUGUUGUUGUUGUUGUUGUUGUACUUGGUAUGUUUCUCAUCUUGGCAACAGGUUAAUAGUGGACGAAAAAGGGGCUCUAUAUCAACAUUUCUGAUUCUUGUGCAU